GACUGAAUGUGGCGCUUGUGUGUCAUUUCCGAUAGGUAUACCUAAAUAUCUUGCUCCUGAAACAUUAAUGGGUGAUGUUCCAGGCAAAAGCGAUUAUUCUUUUCCAUAUCCUUUACCAUCAGGACCAAAAAGUGAUAUCUGGUCUUUAGGAAUUAUAAUUUUAGAAUUAGUUUUAGGUAAAGAACUAUGGGAACAUUGUAUUAUAGAUGAAAUAUUUCAAGAAAUUUUAUUAUUAGUUAAACUAGAUUCUGGUCAAAGUGUUUUAUAUACAAUAGCUAAAGAACAUGAUGUUAUUCAAAAGCUAGAAAAUAUGCCUUCAACUCUUAAAUCUUUUUUAGAAUCUUGUCUAACAACAGAUCCACUAAAGAGACCAAAUGCCUCUAAGUUACUAGAACAUGAAUUUUUUAAAGAACAUGGAUUAGAUGAUUCACAUAGAAUAAAAAUCAUAAAAGAAUCUUUUCCUUCUAUUGAAUUGAGAUGUCGUUCUUUGAUUUUACCCAAAAAUGUUCCAAUAAUUUACGAUCACUUAGCAUAUCGUCCAUUAGAAGAAGUGUAUUAUCUAUGGCAACUUGCUGGAGGUGAUGUCGAAGCUGAAUUUCGUAAGCAAGGAUUAAUUAAAGCAAAGCCACCUAUAUGUUCUUUACCAAAAUUAGUCUUAGAAGAAGGAGAAGAAUUUGGUCAAAAGAAAGAUAGAGGAAUGCUGCUAAAUGACACAUUCAUUAUACUACGAUUAGAUACAUUACGACAGAGAUUGAAGGAUAUAGAUCCAGGUAUAUAUUAUCCGUUAAUUAUGGAAAAUGGGCCUCAAACAUUAACAAAUACUAAUAGCAGUACUGAAUUUAAAGAUACAGUCAGUCUUCCAUUAGUAAUAAGAGAAAAAGAUAUUGAAUAUCAGUUGCAUCGAAUUAUUCUGUAUUCUCGUUUGCUAGAAGCAUAUCCAUAUAAACGUUCUCAGAUAAUUAGGGAAGCCAGAACAGAUAUUCCUCCACUUUAUCGUGCUCAUAUUUGGGCAGCUCUACUUGAAAUUGAAGGAGAUGUUCAAGGAGAUUAUGAUGCUAUUGAUAAAGAAACUCCAACAGCUACAGACAGACAGAUUGAAGUAGAUAUUCCUCGAUGUCAUCAGUAUAAUGAAUUAUUGUCAUCACCAACUGGGCAUUCAAAAUUCAAAAGGAUUCUAAAGGCUUGGGUAGUUAGCCAUCCUCAAUAUGUUUAUUGGCAAGGAUUAGAUUCUCUAUGUGCACCAUUCUUGUAUUUAAAUUUUAAUAAUGAAGCUUUAGCAUAUGCUUGUCUAUCAGCUUUCAUUCCUAAGUAUUUAAACAAUUUUUUUCUGAAAGACAAUUCCCCUGUGAUACAAGAAUAUUUAACUGUGUUUUCUCAUCUUAUUGCAUUCCAUGAUCCAGAACUUACUAAUCAUAUGAACAGUAUUGGAUUCAUUCCAGAGCUUUAUGCCAUUCCAUGGUUUCUUACAAUGUACACACAUGUAUUUCCACUUCACAAAAUAUUUCAUUUAUGGGAUACAUUGCUCUUGGGAAGUGCUUCAUUUCCUCUCUUUAUUGGUGUUGCCAUUCUUCAACAACUGAGAGCGAAUUUGCUUUCUUUUGGUUUUAAUGAGUGCAUUCUGAUGUUUUCUGAUAUGCCUGAAAUUGAUAUUCAGCAUUGUGUACAAGAUUCCAUCAGAAUGUAUUGUAGUACACCAAAAAGCAUUACAUACAGAGAAUAUGAAAAGCUAACCAAUAAACAGAAAUGGAAGAAAACUCAGGAAGAAACAUCAUUACAUCCAGAAUUGGAAAUGUGUCCGGUUCCAUUAAAUGUAUUGAAAGCAGAAUUAUGUCCAAGGAUUUCUGCUGAAGAUCUUUUAGAUUUAUUAGACUUUCAUUUAAAAGAUGAUAUAAGACCACGUUCAAAAGUUAAAGUUAAAUUACUUUUAAUUGAUGUGCGAAUUCCUGAAGAUUUUGUGCGGGGUUCUAUCCCAGAAAGCAUUAAUAUUCCACAUCAUUCUGCUUUUGCCCCAGAUGGAAGUUUAUUGCAGAUUCCUGAAGCUACAAUUCUCACCAACCAUAAAGGCAAACUGAUUAUUGUUGUUGGUAGCAGUUUGGGAAAUUCUGUAUCAAAUUUUGCUAAUCAACUAGUCAGAUUAAGCUAUCCUAGAGUGUGUAUUCUUCAUGGAGGUAUAAAUGUUCUGAGAACUACAGGUAUUUUGACAGUGAGAACAGGAGAAAUAUAGAAUUGUGCAGAAUGUAAACAAAACAAUAUUUUUCUGCAAUUUUAUACCAAAGUGAAAAUUUCUUUCAUAAGGAUAUAUUUUUAUUGUCGCAUAUUCAUAUGUAACAAUUUGAUUUAUUUAAUAAUUGUUGAAGUUUCUAUCAUGUUAUUUUUCUAAACAAAUUGAAAGAUUGUUUUGUGAACAGAAUGAUCAAUUUUACUACAUUACAUUUUAUACAGAGAAAUCAUUUCAUAUCAAAGUCAUUUCAGAUCUACUCAAUUUUUUUUUAUUAACUACAAUAAUUCUGUUUUGCAUUAUAUUUAUUUUUGUAAUUUUGAUUAUAUGGUGUUUGUAAAUUAUUGACUAAAAAAAAUCAUCAUUUUUAUGCUACAAAUUCCCAUUAUAAAUUGUAAAAAAAUAUAUGUAAAAAAUGUGAAUUGAUAUAAACUUAAGAUCAACAACUAUUAAUUUCUUGUAUGGAUAUAUCAUAUCAAUACUUAGAAUAUAAAUUUUAAAUUGGAGUUUUUUCAGAAUAUAAAAGUUACAAUUCAACUGUAUGAUGGUGUAAAACUUACAUUGUCAAUAUUUCAAAGUGGGUCAAAAGUCUCCAUAUGUAAGCAAAGGGGAUUACAGUACUUUGUAACUUAUGAAUGACUACAUUAUAAAAUAUGCUCUGUACAGAUGCCAUUUAAUUGAAUGCACAUACUAUAUGUCAGUAGAUAUAUCCUUCCUGUGCAUGGAAAAUGUAUGCUAACAUAUCUUCUGAUGUCAUACACACACACAAAUCAUAAAUACAUUCCUUGCAUGAUCAGUGUUUUACAGUUUCACUUGUACACUAUGGCCUUCAAAUGUCCCCAAGAAUAACAAAUUAUGGCACCCAAUCUAGUCACCUGGAAACUGCUUACCUAGCCUUAUAUGGAAACUUUUGACUCAAUCAAUCCUUCAGAACAAAACUUGUAUAUUUUUACAAGUUUGUAUUUGUGUAUUUAAAAUUAUAAAAGUAGAAAAACAUGAAAAAAAUGAAUUGAUUCAAUAGAAAGUACAAAUGGAACAGUUUUUAAUGUGAUAUACAAUAUGUCAUCUAUAAAAUCAAUUUAAUCAUCGGUAAUGUCUUAAUUUCUACUAUAUUUUGUAAAGACAUUUUUAAUCUCAAUAAAAAUUACAAACAGAACCUCAAAUUUGAAUAGAGAUUUAAAGAGAAUUACAGUAUUUUGUGUACUAUUGCAUGGAAAGAGUUUAUUGUAAACUAUCUAUAAUUAUGCUUGUUAGUAAUGAUUAUUGCAGAGACUGUAGAUAGAAAUAUUAAUUGAGGAAAUCACAUUUUGUCACAAUGAUCUUGCUAUACAUUGCAUUAGGAAAUAAUUCACAACAGUGCCGUAACUAGGCAGGUGCAACAGGUGCACCCGCACAGGGCCCACUUGGAAGGGGGGCCCAAAAUGCAUGCAUUUGUUUUAUUAUUUUUCCAAA